GACGUCACGAACCGGAGAAGCCGACAGUCUCAUAUCAAAAACAAGCAGCUAAGUUGCGUUAGCUCGCCCCGCUAUCUAACAGCAGACAGUCGGCCCGCAGCUGGCUGAUCGUCACUGCAACUUUUGGGAAGCAACUUUUAGAACAAGACGAGUUGUUGAACGCAUUUGGACAGGCAAAACUUACCCCCCCAAAAGUCAUGGCGUGUGGAGCCACCCUGAAGAGGACCAUGGAUUUCGAUCCUCUGAUGAGUCCUGCUUCACCUAAAAGACGAAGAUGCAUCCCCGUGUCCCCAUCGUCCUCAUCCUCAUCCCCUAGGAAGUAUCUCAGCAUGGAGCCCUCGCCAUUUGGGGAGUCAUCGUCCAGACUUAGUGCAGAACAAAUCCUCAACAGCAUCAAGCAGGAGUACAAACGCAUUCAAAAGAGGAAGCAUCUAGAUGGAGGCUACCAACAGUCAGAGUGCUGCUAUUCUCCAGAGUCCCCAUCCCAGUCGUCUACUAUGAAUGUUUCCAGCAUGCCAGGAACGUCCUCUGGAGGUGUGUCCCCCACUAGAAAAGAACAGCCAUUAUUCACCCUCAGACAAGUCGGGAUGAUCUGUGAACGCCUGCUGAAAGAAAGGGAAGAGAAGGUGCGGGAGGAAUAUGAGGAGACCAUGACCUCAAAACUGGCAGAACAAUACGACACCUUUGUGAAGUUCACACAUGAUCAGUUAAUGCGACGAUUCGGGGAGCAACCUGCAAGCUAUGUUUCCUGAGUGUGGCACAGAAAUCUCUGCAAGACGGCCUUCUCUUGCUGCAAGCUAUCAUGUGAUAUCUCAAGAAGGAAAAAAGCUCAUCAUUGUAAGAGAUUCAGUUUAGCUAGUUUAAAUGAAACUUUUCUUACUGUGCCAUAUUUCUGUCUUUGGGCAAAGGUUUAUAUGAAGCUGUUGUCAGUUGUUACCACUCUGUUGUAAGCAACUAGGUCCUAAUGUAAAUGAAUGGACCCUAUCUCUACCAGUGGCCUAUGUUCCUCCUGCUGUACGUGUAUCUACAUUUAUCUCACUUUUGUAAUGAUUCCCAGCAUUCCAGGCUUUGUCACUUGUUUCUAUUUGUUACAUGUAAAGAGUUUUAAACAAAGUUUGCUGGUCAAUCUGAAAGGAAGUGGAAGAAGAGCUGAACAGAGAGAAUAUGUUUGCAGUUUGUCCUCUAUUCAUUGCUUUUUAAAUUCAGCAUAAAGUGGGCUAAUUUUUUUUUUUUCCCCCUCUCUCCUUACCAGUGUUUUAUUUAUUUUGAGUUUUGUUUUGCUGGUAUCACUUUGAAACCAAUGUACUUAUUGAAAAAAAACAAAAAAAAACAAAAUAAUAAAAAUCUUUUAAGAGUUCAGAAUUGUUUUGGUGCACGCAGGACAUUUGUGAGACUCUCAGUAUUUGGCUUAAGUGAAGCC